CACAGCAUCCCUGAUCCUCCUCUUAAUUGGUUCCCUUGCCGGUGCUGUCUGCUCCUCUCCCAUUGAGUGCUUCCAUAGCACUUGUGAAUGCUUACUCCUGAGCAGGGGCGGACUGACAACUCAUGGGGCCCCUGGGCAAUAGGGGAUCAUGGGGCCCCUGUGUCCUCGCCUACAAUCAAACCACACCCAAAAAAGCCUAUGAAAAGGUACCAGGGGCAUCUCAUGGGGCCCCCUACUGAUCCAGGGCCCUCGGGCAGUGCCCGGGGUCCCAAAUGGUCAGUCCGCCCCUGC